CGGAAAAGCAGUAGUACACACUACUCUUCAAGCAGAACCUGUGGCCAAUCGGCCCUGAAAUUCCCCGGCAAUGAAUGCUGCAGGGCCUCGCGCCCUCUCGACCUCGUCGGCGGCAGCUCUGGUUUGUAGACUCCCGACCUCAUGUCGCCGAAGUUUCCAUGCGACGCGCCGGCUACGCAAAAGUCCCGAUGCCGACACCUCCGCCCCCCCGUCCCCCGACGGUGGGAAACCGCAGAGCAAGUCGCAGGGUGAAGAGCAUGACGCCCGCAACACCCAUCGGGAUGACCGCCAGGGGGAGGCUCUACCGGAACUGCCAAUAAGGCGAGUUAAAACGUCUACCGGCUCACCCUUCCGACAGCGCCCCGUUCGGUCGAGAACCUCCGACGACCUCCCCCCGGUGAAGCUUCCCCACACCUUCCUGGACAACAACAUCUAUGCUCUCGAUCCUUCAACACGACAGAAUAUUCUCGCAAGCGAUCCCAUAUGGCACCGUGGCUAUGUGGGGGCCCAAUGGCACGACUGGCUCUGGCACGAUAUGGAGGUGGUGUUCGACCAGGCUUCGUGGAACAAGGAGGAGGACUUGCGGCGGGUACUCCAAGAGCUGAGUCAAGGGAGCGUUGAGGAUCUCGAAACAGUCACGAGACGGUGCGCCCUUUUGGGAGAAGCGGCUCGGUGGAUGGAUUUGUGCCUCCGCGAUAUGUGGUCACCCGUCUUCUCGCAACCCUUCGAAGAGUCCGAUGUCCCGAAAGAGCUCUCCAUCGCAUUUCUGGCCGCCAAGUCCGAAUCGGCCAUAGUGUCCGCCAUCUUGGACCCGAACCGCAAGACCGAUGCGCGCAGGACGACGGUCACUUCAAGAGACAAGAGGGCGGGUGUCGGGGGAGACGACUCCUUCUUACGAGAAAGAAUACAAGGCCAUAUCCUGCAAGCCGAUCGCCACGGUAACGCCGACGCCGCCGCCGCCGCCGAAGGAGGAUCGGGAUCCCCUGAACCAACCGUGACCGGAGAGCACACCCUCACCCUGGAAGACCACGGGUCGAGAAUAUACGAUCCGAAGCUCCUCGGAGAAUUGGUCACCGCUCUACGCGCCGAUUUCGCCUUGCCCUCUGGACCCGGAGCUCUGCGCCGAGACCUCAAGCGGCCACUGCUCGUGGUUCAUAUUCCCAACUACUCCGGCACGUACCCGACCCGGAGGCUGUUCCAACGCAUCGCAGCCCAUGUAGAGGCGGACCUGGUCCAGCUGGAUGCGCAGGAUUUUGCCACGGUCGUGGGGAGCUACCUGGGUCAGGAUACCGCCCACUCGCGUGGCUCCAUGGCUAUGCUUGCCUACCGGGCUGCGGAGAUGAACGGGAGGCUCGCCAAGGGACCGGAAACCUCCUUUUCGAGCGACGAAGACAUGUCGGGGGACAUCGAGGCUGCGUGGGUGAACAUCCGCCAGCACGCUUCUGGCUCGUCGUACAAGAGUCCCUUCGAAGAGGAGCUGCAGAAGAUCAAGGAGGGCGCUAAAGACUACGUGCUCCCUUCUGUGGACCGAUGGGAGAAUCUGAAGAUCAACGCGGCCCUGGAAGAGAUGAUCCAGGCCGCCACGAGCAAGUCAUCGGAUCCCAACAGGCCGUUGAUCGUCCACGUCGACAACUUCGUCGAGCUCAGCAUGACCCUGGAAGGUGCGGUCCUUCUCGGCAGGCUGCGCAGCAUCGUCGACGCGCUGUGGCGGGACGGCAAGAAGAUCGUCCUCGUCGGCUCGUCCACAAAUGAGGAUCCAUCCGAGCAGUACUCGUCCACUCUGGGAGAGGUUUCCGCCGAGGAGUAUCUGUUCCACUUUCCACUUUACUCCCAACGCAUACCCGACUGGGAAGUGAAGAAGGAGCGUCGAGAGGCUCUCGACUACCUACAAGAGAAUCUCCGAAACAUCCAGUUCAUGUCAAGGGCCCUGUCCUUGCCCCUCGGCUCUGCACCGAACUGCUUCUCCGGCUUUCUGGAAAAGUCCGAAAUCGUCCCCGAACUAAUAGAGGCAAUCGAAGAUGCCGGUUUAGACAUCACCGCCUUACCUCUCGGUCUCUCCUCAUCAGUCCUCCCCUGUCCUGACGUCUAUCAUUUCGCCCGUCUCUACCAUGGCCAUCACCUCGACAAACGCUCACAAGCCGGCCGUUUCCAGGGCUUCCUCGACGUUGUCAAGUCAAGAGGCCCUCUCGCGCCAUCCCCACACUCCGCCUUUGAACCCGACAACGACUCGGCGGCCAGCGGCGGCGCGAGCCCGCAAUCCUCCACCAAGCAAAAGCCCAAACCUGAAACCGACCGCGGCCAAGCCAACGGGAAGUACAACGAGUUUGAGAAGAAGCUCCUGGCCGGCCUCGUCGACGCCAACGAGAUCCGCACCACCUUCGCGGACGUUCACGCGCCUGCCGAGACCAUAUCCGCCCUGAAGCUGCUGACGUCGCUCUCCCUCGUACGGCCCGAGGCCUUUGCCUACGGCGUCCUCGCCACCGACAGGAUACCGGGGUGUCUGCUCUACGGCCCGCCCGGCACGGGCAAGACGCUGCUCGCCAAGGCGGUGGCCAAGGAGAGCGGCGCCAGCAUGCUGGAAGUCAGCGGCGCGAGCAUCAACGACAUGUACGUCGGCCAGAGCGAGAAGAACGUCCGCGCCCUCUUCUCGCUGGCCAAGAAGCUCAGCCCGCUCGUCAUCUUCAUCGACGAGGCCGACGCCCUCUUCGCCGCCCGCGGGGGCCAGUCGCGCUCCCGCCCUUCCCACCGCGAGACCAUCAACCAGUUCCUCCGCGAGUGGGACGGCCUCAACGACGCCAAGGCCUUCAUCAUGGUCGCCACCAACCGCCCCUUCGACCUCGACGACGCCGUCCUCCGCCGCCUGCCGCGCAAGAUCCUCGUCGACCUCCCCCUGCAGACCGACCGCGCCGCCAUCCUCCGCAUCCUCCUCAAGGACGAGCGCCUCGACCCGUCCGUCGACGUGGAGGACAUCGCCCGCCGCUGCGUCCUCUACUCCGGCUCCGACCUCAAGAACCUGUGCGUCGCCGCCGCCAUGGCUGCCGUCCAGGAGGAGCUCGAGGAGGCCACGCGCCACACCGGCCCGGCGCCUUACGUCUACCCCGAGCGCCGCACGCUGUCGAAGCGCCACUUUGACCGCGCCUCCAACGAGAUUGCCGCGAGCAUUAGCGAGGAUAUGGACAGCCUCAAGGCGAUUCGACAGUUCGAUCAGAAGUACGGCGAUCACCGGAGUCGGAGACGGAAGCCGAGGGCUAUGGGCUUCGGUGUCGUCCCUGCCUCCAAGGAUGCGGAAGAUGCGCGGGUCCGACAUCCCAUUCCAGCGACAGCGUAGUGAGACGGAUACGUCGGCCGUUAGACGUGGCUGGUGUCAAAGCGUACAGACUUAGACACAAAAAAAGAGUGUAUCAUGUUCCAUGUUCUUCUGUAACACUAGUAGUAGUAUGAUGGAUGCGUCGUCUGGGGACGUAGGGUCAGAAAUAAGAAGAGGCGUCUGGUUUUCUAAUUAUGUUCUGCAUUGGACUGGGUAGUUGGAUAUGCAAGGGGUCCGUCCGCCUUUUGGACAAGGAGCAUCCAGUAGAUAGUUGUUCUCUCUCCAACUCGUCAAGACCCUUGAUUUGUCUAUUCAGCGUCUACCUCGAGUCGGUCUGCGUGAUAUAUCACCGUCCCUAAUACAAUUAUACAUG